AUGUUUGGACGAGACUCUGAAAAUGCUACAGCGAUUACUAAGGAAGAAGUUUUGUCAGAUGACGACGAAAUCCAGCAAACAAGUGCCUACGAGGAGGAGGAGAAAACUCUUCAGGAAGAUAAUUCUACUCGUUACGCCGAUCUACGACCUGCAAGCUUCAUGAAUUCAAUUGAGAGUGGUGUUGAGAAAUUUCCUGAAUUCGCAAAUCAGGAGAAUAAUGACGCCGACUUUCAACCUGGGAUUGUUGGCCCAGUGCUUGGUGUUCAAAAAGAUGAGGAGCAAGCGGAAAUCGAUGGUCUACACGAUUCGAUUAUGAUGGAAAGACAUGGAGCCCAUUCUUCCCAAAAGAAUCAGGCACGAAAGAUGCUUCACGCCAGUGAACAAAGAUUUGCACCGAUUGAUGUUGGACAAAAUGUUUUGAUGCCAAUUCCUUGUGUCGAUCGACCCAAGAUUGGACCACGAAAUUUGAUGGGAGUCGUCACAGUUGUAACUGAUGAACUGCUGUUGGGGCAGCAUCGAUCUCUGGGAGCCAAGGUCACGCUCAUUGCUUGUGCC